UGUCCGUGGUGUGUGUGCGAGCGAGUGCGUCCGGGAUGCUGUCCGCCUGAACGGAGCCGCAGGGUACCGAGACACGCGCGACGACGCCAGCUAGCCAGCCCCGACGCCUAGACUCCCGACAACGAGCGACGAACAUGACGACGGCGCAGGUGGCGCUGAUAUGGCUGCUGUUUGCUACUGCAGCCUUCGCAGAGUCUCAGAAGCCUCCGCAACCAGUAACGUUCCUGCGUCCUCCCUCGCCAUCGUCAGAACCCCGUUCUGUUGUGCAGAGGGUAGCUCGAUGGUUCUUUUCCUCGGGUGAUGAAGAAGCUGGGCACCAUGAGGACUACGGUCGACCGCCGCCGCCGUCAUCACCGCCUCAUCCAUCCGGCUCCCAUGGACGACAUGGCUCACUCAAGUCCAACUAUGGCCCACCCAGAUUUAAAUACGGUCCUCCAAAACCACCUACUACACAUUACGGUCCUCCAAAGACAUCGAAUCAACAUGAAUUCCCCAGCGGCCCACCACCUGGCUUUUUCAUCUCUCGUCCUGAAGGAAAACCGUCAAAGCGUCCUGAUCUUGGAGGCAGUCACUAUUUGCGAUCACCAAAGCCCCCAGCAAAUCAGUAUGGACCUCCUAAAACCCCUUCCUCUAGUUACGGCCCACCUAAACCUACAAGUAAUUAUGGUCCUCCCACCAAUGCACACGGUGGACCAUCUGUUUCUUCCCCAGCCAGCUAUAUAUCGCUGAAACCUCCCAGUAUAUCUGGACCUCCAUUAACCCCUCCAUCGAUUCAUUAUGGCUCACCAAAGCCUACUGGUAGCAGUGGCCAACCUUCAAUAUUUCAUGGUCCCCUCCGGCCAUCAAGACCACCGUCACCAACAUAUGGAUCUCCAGGACUACUUACAUCUCACAGGCCUCCAUCGCCAGGGUAUGGUCCACCCCGAUCUCCAGGAAUUGUAAGUCAUCCUAAACCACCAAAAAAGGACUGUAAUCCAUGCAACAGGGUUCCUUGGGUUCCUAUGUCUAUAGGAGGAGUAUCGGAUCUGCCUCCAUCUUCUUCUGCAUCAUCAGGUGGGCUUUAUUUACCGUCACCAUCAAGCUCAUAUGUACCACCUCCACCUCUGAACAUUCCUGACGCCUCUGCUUACAACUCAGGAAACGCAGCUGUUGGCAUAGAGGGACACAUUGGAAGUGGAUCUAAUGGACAAAGUGGGCACAUUCACACUUCACACACCAAUUCAAAUGGAUCCCCUGGCAACUAUGGUCCUCCGCCUAUUCCACCCUUAUUACAGAUUCCAAACAUACAAUACGGUGCAUCAGAAUCUACAGCUUCUGCAUCGACAGUAGGAAGCAUCCAGCAAGGUCCAGCUUACUUACCUACUAUAUCGUCGUCUCAGUCACAUCAACAGACUGUUGCAGAAACGCAAAAUGGAAUUUACAGGGGUUCAACAGAAGGAGACCAAUCUCUGGAUGUUGUAAAGUCUGUAACAUUGCUUUCUGAAUCUUAUCCUCCUACCAUCAACACUCCAGGGCAGAACAGUCAAUUGUACCAGUCUCCUGUACACCUCAUACCAGCAAGUAAUCCUAACUGGCCGUCUCCACCUACAGCUCACUCAUCAAUAUCAGAGUCAGGAAAUAAUGCAUUUACUGACCAGCAUACAUUAGAAUCUGAAUUUACUCAACAUACCAAAACCAAAGGGCACGGAGGAAGUGAACUAGAAGUUAUAAAGAGCGUGCCACUGGCAGAUUUUGUGUCCUCAAUUGAGUACCCAAUUGAAGUCAUACAGUCUCCAUCUUAUGUAGAUGUUUCCCCAGAUGCGCCAGUUGACAAUGAUGGAAACAGCAUCCAUUCUGCAGAACAGAAAGUUAGGGAAAAUCCUGAGUAUCUUCCGAAGAAUGAAGAAAUAGUAAUUGGUAAACCGGUUCUGAAGGGCGAACUAAAUAUAAAACAGGUUGCACAGAGCACGAGCAAUGAAGGAUAUAAAAAUCAUAAUGGUGAUGAGUCUUUAAAUCUGAGUAACAAUGUUAAUCAGCAAGGAGAAAAUGAUCAGAGUGAUCAGAGGCAAAGUGGGUCUAUAAAGCAACCCAUCAACGUAAACUCAGUUGUUAAGGACCAAACAGAAGGAAGUGACCUAAAAUCGGAAGGGAAUAAUUUUUAUCUCGGGACCACACACCAGAGCCCUCAGUCAUUCUCCUUACCAUCUAGCCAUUAUUCAAAUGAGAACUCGUUUAACGCAGGAAACAAGAACAUCACAUUCCCACAAGAUGUGCAAAGCCAAACGAAGGAUAAUCAAUCUGGGUUUGGUGUGAGUACCCAACAGCACAGUACUUCCACAGACAAUGUAUAUGGUCAGGACCAUAGGCAGACCAACGACCAGCCUCUUCUUGAGCAAACAUCCGGACUAGAUUUUCAUCAACAACCCAACGUGCUUCUACAACCGCCGCGUCAGCAGAGUGGAAACAAUUAUUAUUUGGUUCCACAGGGUCAGAAUGUGUUACCAUCACAGAAAACACCAUCUUUGCCCCAAAGUGGCUUCGUGAAGCCGCCAGAAGGCCAGAGAGUCAUUGUCGACAUACAGCCAUCUGUGCAAACGUCGGCUCAAGGAGCAUCACUCAUUUAUCAGAUCAACAAUCUGAAGGCUCCACCACCAACAGCUCCAUUUACCAAUGGAUUUCCCAACCGUCCAACACAGACAUCAGUAUUUGUGUCCUUCCAGAAUGGGUUACAAGGCGCUGCUGCUCCUCAGAGCGUCCCACCAGCUGUCCCUCCUCCUGGCCCAGGGCCAGUACACGAUUCCUUCGUGAGACCACCAAAUUCCUUUCGAAAUCCACUCAUUGCGUUCCAAAGUCUCUACAAACCUGAUAUUCCCGCUCAAUUUCUAAACCCUCCAGGCAUCAAUCCACCACCUAUCUGGUCACAGUCUGCUGAAGAUUACAGUGCUCCAUGGACAAACGCUGGAGGUCCUCCACCUUUCAAAUACCUCCCUGACAGUAGUGCUGUAGCUUCGUUCUCCAGUCCUGGGCUGUAUCCACCCCCACCAGUGCCACUGCCGCAGCAGGAACCUACCCAACAGACCCCUCAACAGGGACACAAAAGGCCAAAGAAGAUUCAAGUAAUAGUUCCAUACACAUCGACCAAAGACCUUGCUCAAUUCCCCUCUGCAGGCAGUCAGAAUGCAGCGGACCUGAAUGCUGGUCCGUGGACACCCGUACCGCAAACUAACCAAGGUGUGGCCGUAUCAGAACAGCAGUCUGUUCCCCAAGUCAACUGUAGUGAUCCACAGAAACCUUGGCAAGGUUACAUUUUCUGCUACCCAUCUCAGUUUUAUAUUUCGCAGCAUUCAGAUAAUUCACAGGAUUACCAACAGCAUCAAGAAUCCAGACCAGCGACGCAGAAAGCCACCAUUCAAAACCACCCACAACUGAAAAAUCACCAGACAGUCUCAAAGACAGGAGAAAUUCAACACAUUUUCGCAUCUAACAUUCGUGAGCUACUGCGCGGUGAAGAGGAGGUGAAGAACGUAACUGAUGACACUCUUCUGAGGCUCCAGAAGAACAUUGACGAAUGGACGGCACUGGCCUACUCCAAACACAACAGAGCAGAGGAACGCAAGACGACGACACCAAAACCACCAGUCAGUGCCCUCCGACACCGCUUAGUUUCGUCCAAGCAGAUCCCUGAAGAGUACCUGACGACUACACCACUGCCGUACGACGAUACCAGCCAGAAUCUGGAAUCUUUCGCACCGACUGCCGUUCCUUCCCUGAAGCCGAGCACUGCUUCCAGUUCGCCGCCAAUUUCUACUCGUUUCUUCGACCACGAAGCUGCGGGUAGCCACAGCCACGCAGUUACAGCCAACGCGUACGACAGACCAUCGCAGAAGGAGACGAACGGUGUCAGCGAACCUGUGGACCACAAAUGGAAGUUUUUUGAGAAUAACCUCGUACUCCCAGAAGCCGUGACUGUGUUAACUACAACGGUCCCGUCGACUGCGGCCACUGUUACGCCCGCAGAGGAACAGGUCACCACGGAACCUGCAGAAGAGCGACAGAAAACUGAUACGGAGCCGGAAGUGCCGACUACGCCACCGCCAACGACGCAAGCGCCGUGGACCAAUCUACAGGUGUCAAUCUCGCCAAUCACAAAGGAGAGGGUGUACGUGGUGACGCCGCUCUCCUCUUGGGAACAGCAGCAACUGGAAGCGACGACUACGCCGCCAGCGCAGCGCAGGUACACGCCGGGCGAGUCGUACCGCGAGGGCAAGUCGCAGGAAUUCGACUUCCACUCGCCGCGGUUCAUCGUGAGGCCUACACCGGCGGCCACGCUCCCACUGCAGACCCUUUUCGCGCCGGCAGACGGCGACGCCCGAGCAGAUGACCGCAGCAGUACCGUCCACGACGACGCCAACAGCACGGCCAGCGCCGGCAACACGCUGUUCGACGACUUCGUGUCGUUAUUCAGCACAGAGGAGGAGUUCAGCAACUCGACGACGCCGACGCCGACGCCGACGCCGACGCCGACGCCGCCGGGCUCACCGACGUCACCGCCGACGCCGACGCCGCCGACUCCUAUGGCGAUGCGGUCCCGCGCCGGCGCCGUCUUCCUGCGGCUGCUGGACGUGGCCACGUACUCGCCGCCGGACGCUGCCGCCAUCCACACCAUCACCGGACACUCAAAGGUGUCGACGGCGGCAACGUCAGCGACACCGGGAGGACGGACGUCGCGGGAUUCGUACCUGCGCCACUUCCCAGACCCCGUGCUGGACGGGAAAGCGCAGCAGGACUUGUCCCUAACGGCCGCCGACCACACGCGCAGCCAGAAACCCUCCUCCUGAGUACACCUCACUCGUGGAACCCUGCUGAGGCCAGCGCAGCCGCAGUGAAGUAACCAAACAAAAGUGAUAGGACUCUCUGUCAAAGGACACUGCUAUUACCUCGCCAAAUGAAGGCGACCCUGAACCGCUAGUCCAAGUAUUUAUAGCCAUACUGGCAAUUUACACUACCAUAUUUAUGUCAGAGUUAAAUAACAAUUACUUGCAAGGAGUCAUUCAUUUUCAUCCCAUCUCUGCCUGACAAGAGGUGAGUAGUGUUUCGUGCGCACUCCCAAGACUCUUUGGUCAGUCGUCGCAGCAGAAAUAUUUUCUGCAGAUCUUUCGAAAAUCAUUAAUUGGCACUAAAUUCAUUUAUAUGAGAAAGAGCGUUGUCUUCUCUUUUGUUUGGCUGUGUAGCAUAAAUAACCUUUAGUACAAAGCCGGAAUGAGUUUUCAUGAUAACUAUUUGACAUAGAAUCUGAGUAUUAUUAAUAGUCCAGUUUUCUCUAUCUCAUAAACAUAACGAUUUUCGUGGUUGCGAGACAUUUUGUUGUUCUUGUUCAGUAGCGAAAAACCGUCUUUCAAGACAAAAACAUGAGUAUAACCAGCCACAAGUAUGCUCUGAGUGCAAACUUUUGACUAAUCAGUUUGAUGCAGUAUAUUCUUCACAGUACAGAGCACUCUUGUUUUUAUGGGGGAAUAUCGUAGACACCUGCUGCUAAUUUUGUAGUCUGUGGCGAUACAGAAACUUAGUUGGCUGCUGCUACAGAAAUCUGUUUACUUCCAUUGAUAAAUCACGAGAAACUUGUUCCUCUCUUAAUUCUGGCAUUGUCAUCAGAUAAUAUUCAUUUUCUUUCAAAAUUUUACAUUUUUUAUUUCGUUCUUCUCAGUGCGAAUGUAACGGUUACACGAAAUAAUUCUGGAACAGAGUGGUACUUGAGUGACUUUUUCCAGGAACUGACAUAA